UAUAUGAUAUGUAGAUGGGUAAAUAGAAUAGGUGUUUUCGAAGCUCCUGGAGAUCUUUCUUCUUGUUUAUUUCCUGUUGGAAUUCACUGUACAGAUAGUUUCCUUAAAUACGUUUAUAAAAGUGACUGCAGUUGCCACAAUUCACUUGGAAGGAAAAGCAAUAUUAGAACUUGGGAAUAUGUGUUUAUUUUUUAUACUGACCAUCGUUAAGAGUAGAACAAUAAGUAAGAAGCUAAUGUGAGAAAAAAACAUUAACAUGCAUUUAUGUAUAUGUAUUUAUGGGGAGAAGGUUUUAAGAUGGGGAACUAUAUUAAAUACAUUUAUAUUGAUUUAUCCCCAUGCUUUUCAUAUUAUUCAGUCUCUGCAGAAAAGAACAGCCCAGAAAAAUGUAGAAAAGGUGACAAUUAGACUGCAUCAAACGUCUCUCUGUCGCUCUGGUCGUAAUUCAUAUCAGGGUUGAAGACAAACAGCCUGAAGUGACUGAGUGAAUGAGGUGAUAUAAUCCAAGCAGGAGCGAUUCUCCUGGAGAAACAGCCGCUGACGUGUGCACCAAGUUGGCAAUAUACCAGUGAUAACAGGAAGUAAGACGAUGCGCCUUUCACAUUAAAAGUCAAGCUGGUCUGCGCGUCUACUAACAGGGCUGUGAUAUUUUACUGUGUUCAGUCUACACCGAGGUAUCCGUGGUAGCAGCCGCUAACUUUAUUAUGGUUUCGCUGUCAAUCGACUCACAGCUGAAGAGACUUUUGCGGAUGAGCUGCUUCAGUGGAUUCUCUACGACCGCCAGAGAUGAGGAUUUAAAAAAAAAAAAAAACAGUUGUCGCACUUUUUUGGAGGUAUUUUUCAAUUCUUGCUUAGACGAAACCUUAGAAGAGGCAACAUGAAGAAUCCUGUGUACUGGGCUGUUCUGGUCGGGAUCACUGUUUUGAUGAUGGAACAAGGGUUGCCGGUCCGCAGUCAAGUGGAUUCUCAGUCCGAUAACAAAGUGAUGGACAACAUCACCGUGCGUCAGGGGGAGACGGUCUUUCUCAGGUGUGAACAGGGGGACAUUGUUACACACACUGCAUGGCUCAACCGCUCCAGUAUUCUGUAUGCCGGUGAAGAGAAAUGGUCAGUGGACCACCGAGUGAGUCUGGUGACCCUUAAUCAAGAGGAGUUUACCAUCAAGAUAGAAGAUGUGGAUAUGAUGGAUGAAGGCCAGUACGUGUGUGCUGUCCAGACAAACAGUCGACCAAGAACCACCUCGGUGCAUGUCCUCGUUCAAGUACCACCGAAAAUCAUCAACCUGUCGAAAGAUAUCGUGGUAAAUGAAGGUUCCAACGUCACCCUCAUGUGUCAAGCCAGUGGUAAACCGGAGCCUUCUAUCAGCUGGAAGCUCAUCUCCUCCUCAGAGGACCGGCAUGAAGAUGACUUUCCCAGAGGAGACCUAGCUUCAGAUGAGGAGGUGCUGGAAAUCACAUCCAUCUCCAGGCAGCGGGCAGGGACGUACGAAUGCUCGGCCGUCAAUGACAUUGAUGCAGAUGUUCAGACUGUGGACAUCACCGUCAACUAUGCUCCAACUGUGUCAGAGGGCAGAGAUGUUGGUGUGACCCCGGGCCAGAGGGGAGUGUUGGAGUGUGAGGCUGACGCUGUGCCUGAGGCUGACUUUGAGUGGUACAAAGACGACAGAAGAAUCUUUAACGGGUUAGAUGGGAUGGAAAUCGUGAACUCUCCGUCUGUGUCCAAGCUGAUGUUUUUUAACGUGACUGACGGUGACUACGGCAACUACACCUGUGUUGCUGUCAACAAACUGGGCAGUUCAAAUACAAGUUUUCUCCUCUAUGUGGUAAAUGAACCCACUAGCUCAACGCUAUUGCAAGGACCGAGAGCAGUUCAGGACGGCAGUGGUGGCGCAAUCGGACUGCAGUCGCACACCUUCCUCCUCUUCAUAGUCCUCCUGCCGUUGCUUCUCCGAUUUUAAAGAGGAUUAAAAUUCAAAGUGUCCGUGUGUGUGUUUGUGUCUGUGUGUGAAUGUGUUUUUGUGUGAGUGCCUGCGUGUGUGUGUGUGUGUGUGUGUGCAUGUGCCAUAGCUGUUGGCCAGAAUUUUUAUUUUAACUUACAUUGUUACUUUUGGCAUAGAAUAAACAUAAUUGGAUUUUUUUCAUAGUUUUUUUCAAAUAUCAGUAACAAUCAUUUUACGUAUUGAUUUGUUGGCAUAUUUCUUUAAAUUAUAUAAUUCUGGAAGGUCUCUUCUAUGUGUACAAAAAAUGUGUGUAUGCAUGUUUUGAUGAAUGGAGCUUCUUUUAAUUAAUUGCAAUUUACAUUAAUUUUACCUACACUAGAUUCUCAUUUCAACACCAGGAAAAAGGCAAAAUUACAGCAUGUAUGAGAGGUGAAUGUUAAAUACCUCAAAGUCAAAAUGAGACAGUGGAACAGAAGGAAUGGAGGCUGCCCUGAGGCCAAAAGCCUGGUAUUAUCAUAUUUUAAUGUAUAAUAAUUUUUAUUCAGUCCAGUUGUUGGAAGCUAAAUUAUUUCUGACCUUCAAGUGUUUAUGUUCGCAGCAUUUUAAUGUUAAUGUUGGUAAUCACAUGGUCACUAUUGUUAAAUUUUUUCUGAGUUUUUUUUUUUUUAGUUUUUUUUUUUAUAGUUUUAAAACAUUUGAUAAGGGAAAACACAAAGCUGAAAAAACAGCCUAGUUCAAUGUCCUUGUUGUGUUUUUCUUUACCAGUACAGUUGUACACAAUAAUGUGUUGAGAAUAAUUAUGCUAUAAUUAAGUAGGAGGGAGCGCAAGGAUGUGACCUGAGUAAUGCAAAUGUACUAAUGCUGUUGCUACUUGUUUGAAAACAAAACAAAAAAAAAACAUGCAAUUUUUACAAAACAUAUUUGAGGAAAUGAUUCUGUACAUGUUCCAAACCAGCGGUGGGAGGUCAAAGACCAGUCAUUUGAAACCAUGUCAACAGAAAAUAAACACUGCAUGCAUUUAGACACCAAUGACCCAAAGACUGAAGGCAUUUAUACGACAUCAUGCAUCUUUUAUGUUAAUGUUUUUCCUCAUUAUUGUGUUUUUGCAAACAAGAAGGUUUUACUUGUCUUUAAACUGGGGACAUAGUGUUGGAAACGGUGUCCAUGGUUAUUUCAGGCUUUUUUUUAAUUUAUUUAUUUUUAAAUGUGACCCUAACAAGUACAUGCUGCAGGCAUACAACACAAUAACUGUAUUUCUACAGUCUAAUGUCCACUUAAAGCGCACUGCUAUUGAGCCAUUCCACAUGCUCAACAUCCAAUCAUCAUGCAAAGCUUUUCCUACACAAGUCACCAAAGCCUAAACUUCCAGGAACAACUUCUGGGUAGGGGUUCUUGCCCAUGGACACACUGUCAUGUAGACUAGCAGAGAUGGGAAGUAAGGCUUUGUCUUGUUCCUUCAUUUUGGAAGGCAACCCAGUAAAUUAGCUUUGUGUCUGUAAGUGGUUUACAUUGUCCUGAACUCUGACUCUGAACAUAAUUCUGACCUUAGGUUCCUUGUUUUUUGUCCUUACCUGACCUUUAGCCUGUUAAAAUCCACGUAAAGUGUGCACUACUGCGAUCCUCAUGUUUGACCUGUUUAACUUUACUUUCUAAUUUGCCCUGUUUUCUGACACAUGCAAUGUAAAUGAUCUUCAGAAGGCACAAACAGUACUAGCUAAAUAGAAACCAGAGUGCAUUUAUACAUAAGAAUGUGAAGGCCACACAGGAGCAGGUAGAAAUGUUUAAGUAUGGCCCAACUUAAAAAAAAAUCAAUUUCUAUUCAUACAAUACAUUUGCUGUGCUGAGAAUAUAGUCCAUUAUUCAAAUGUGUUGUUCUCAAGGCCAUAUGGAGAAAAAACAAGAGUUUUUAGCAGUAAAAAAAAAGGCUAAGUCUAAAUGAAGAAAAGGCAAAAAACAUUUUUCGACCAUACCUAAGCAAAUACUGCUCUAGUGAUGGGUUUCUGUGAAAUAGCCACUGUCAGUAGACAUAAACAAUCGCAUCCACUCUUUCAGUUCACAUAAAAAAAAAAAAAAAAUGAGCACACUCCUUACAGAUUUUAAGACGAUUUACUGUAUAUACACCCUUUUGCAUACAUUCCUUUGAAAGAUGUCCAAGCACAUAUGUUGAAAACUGGGUUGUUAUUUAAGUGUUUUAGUUCUUCUGAGCAGUUGUUCGGUGAGACAUCUAUAUGCCAUACUACCUUAACUGAGAUGUGGUGAUUACUGUGCAGUGAAACGAAUGUUGCUUGUUCACAGAAACCCUUGAACACCUCACGGCUGCGAUUGUGUGAACAGCAGCUCUCCACAGCACACAGACAAUUAUAUUCUCUUUGCUUAAUUUUAUAAAUUAUACCUAUUUGGGUUUGUUUCCUUAAUGUAAAAAGUAGAAACCACACUUUAGUUGGGUUUUGUUGUUAAUUUUAGCAUUUAACUGUUUCUACGCUAAGUGUGUUCCCUGCUAAAUAAACAGGUGCUAAAUAAACAGGUGCUAACACCUGUUUAUUUAGCAGGUGUCAGCACCAAUCUUAUCACUCUACAGGGUUUUGCCCCAUUCUGACAUGUAAGAAACAUUAACUUGAGCGAUGGGGUUUAAAAAUCCUGAUGUCUGAAAGAUUCUUUUCAAAAAGCUGUGAUCGUCACUGAAUUGCAACAUUUUGUCAUUCUGGAAAUGUGAUGUAAAAAAAAACUAAGAGAAAGUCAAGCACUAUAGCUAGCUUAUAUAGCAUAUUGUCAAAUUAAUUAUACAUAAGAGUAAUAUACGAAAGAUAAACAAUAAUUAUCUUGCCUGCUAGCUAACAUUAGUGAGACUCCUUUUCCCUCUAUUGCAAUCCACGGAGAAAACUGAGUGAAAACCUAAAGAAGAUUUAAUUUGUACAUUUUAUUACUGCCUAUACUUUACUCAAAGGCAGUAAUGUGGAUGAGGUAAAGCUGGCAGAGCCAACCAUUUUUUUCAACAUCGGAUCAAUAAAUCCUACAUAACCCUACUGUAUAUUACAUAUCGAGUGAUCUGGAGUAAGCCUAAUUGAAAGAGGAGACAUUUAAAGGAUAAUCUCGGACAUAGAGCCCUUGUGAUUUAUCGGGCAUUUAUGAAACGAAACAUCUAGGACAGAUAUCUUCAAUGUCAAUAUAUUAGUGAACUAAUCUCCUGUCAGUAAAAAUAAACAAUCAAACCUUCUUUUUAAGAAACUAUGUCUAUAAGAAUGUUGCAGACAAACUAACUUUCUGAAUUGCAUUACAUUAGCCAUUUUCUUGAUGUUUUCUUCCUGCACAACAUUGUAAAAUCAGACAUCCGUCCUAUUAGAGUGAAUGCAAAUGUUUCGAGUUCCCACAAAUCUUGACUAAAAAAAAAGGAUAUGUAAAUGAUACAGUGUUUCCCAGCCCAGCCGAACUUCUAAUCAUAAAUCCUAGCAACACAUGGAAAGCCUGUCAAAAAUACACAAGUCAUAUAUUUCUGAUGCACCGUCGAGUCCAGCUCUGAAGCUGCUCUGUGCGAUGGAUUUAAAUCUUUCUGUUGCCAUCCAAUUGUGGUCCUGGAAUUUUGAAUCACAGCCAUGAGUGCUACUGUUCUGGCAUUGCAUAUUGAGGUUGAAAUAAGUUGAUCAGUCUGAAGGGUUAGGGAUGCAUUUUUUUUUUCUGUCUUGGUGUUGGUAUGUGCAAGACAAAAGCGCAGUGUUUCUAUAAAAAUUUGAUACAAGCUAAAAGCAGAAAUGACUGAGAUUCUGUUGCACCUACAAGUUGAACGUUUUAUUAAUUUUAGAUGUUGUGACAUUCGUGUGGUUUGCAUUGUAGUUCAAAAGAGGGGACAUUUUAAACGGGAACUCUGGAUGGAUAUGAGGAUUCACACGUUUCUUAUCUCAGCAGCCGGGGAAUAUCACAGAAGACGCAUGACACUGUCUCAGAUCCUCCUCUUUGCCUGGCUACGAGUUCACCGAGUCCUCUUUAAAUGGACAGUUAACACGUGGAGGAAAACGAACUGUUUGCCUCCCUGCAUUGUAAAGAUCCAUAUGUAUUUUCUUGAUGAAAGGUGUGCUCAUAUUUAAGACUGGGAAAAAUAAAAUGUUGUAUCU